UAGUGUAGUGUACUGAAGUGAGCCGUAGUGUUGUCAGUGUGUUGUCGGCAAGUCGGACACUGUUUUCUCUGACAUUCACAUACGUGCUCCUUUAUUUCAUCGUUUACACCAAAUAUUGUUUUAAUUCGCUGGAGAAUUGAAGAAUGAGCUACUGACAUCGCGGCUACCACAGUCCAUUGUCGUUAUUCCUAAAGAAGUUAUUUUCUGAGAAUAUCAAAUUAUGAACGACCAACGCAGAAAUAAGAAGCUUAAAACCGAAGUAAAAAAAAUUAUGGUCUUUAGACCAACUUGGUCUGAAUUUCAAAAUUUUAGUCGUUAUGUGGAAUUUAUGGAGUCUCAAGGAGCUCAUAGAGCUGGUAUUGCUAAAGUUAUUCCACCGCCAGAAUGGAUUCCUAGAAAAUCCAGUUAUUACGAUGAUGAUAUAAUGAAUAUGGUUAUUCCUGCACCAAUCUGUCAAGAUGUUCAAGGAAAACAAGGCAUUUAUCGUCAACUCAAUAUACAAAAAAAACCUAUAACAGUAGCACAGUACAAGAAGUUAGCGGAUUCCCCUGAAUAUAUGACACCGGAUUAUUUUGAUUUUGCUGAAUUGGAGAGAAAAUAUUGGAAAAACAUUCUUUAUAAAUCCCCAAUUUAUGGUGCAGAUGUUUCGGGGUCCAUUACAGAUAAAGAUGUAGAAGUAUGGAAUAUCAAUAAGUUGGGUACAAUUUUGGAUUACGUCAAUGAAGAUUAUGGAAUAAAAAUUGAUGGUGUAAAUACUGCUUAUCUGUAUUUUGGUAUGUGGAAAACAUCGUUUUCCUGGCAUACCGAGGACAUGGAUUUAUACAGCAUAAAUUAUGUACACGAAGGAAGUCCGAAGACUUGGUAUGCAAUACCACCAGAAUUUGGACGAAAAUUCGAAAGAAUGGCUAGUGGUCUAUUUUCUUCCGAUUUUUCAAUCUGUCCAGCUUUUCUUAGACAUAAAAUGUCCAUCAUAUCUCCACAAUGGUUAACUACUCAUAGUAUUCCAUUCGAUAAAAUCACACAGGAAAAAGGAGAAUUCAUAAUAACUUUUCCAUAUGGAUACCAUGCUGGUUUUAACCACGGAUUUAAUAUGGCUGAAUCGACCAACUUUGCUCUACCCCGUUGGGUAGAAUAUGGAAAACGAGCCCAACUUUGUUGUUGUCAAAAAGACAACGUAACAAUUAAUAUGGAUACUUUUGUAAGACGCCUACAACCUGAAAAAUAUGAAUUGUGGUGUAAUGGAAAUGAUCAUGGUUAUCACCCAGAAGACCCCAACCAUAGUUGUGUAACAACUUAUUCUCGUUAAUAGUGUUUAUUUAUUUUUUAUGGUAGCUCAAGUUUUCAAGAGCAAAUUAGUUUUGAAUUUUAGUAUUUAAGAGGACGUCGUACCCGCAUAUGUUAUCUCCGUCUUACAAAUGCGUAACAUAGCAAAUAUUACGUUCAGAAGAUCACGGUUAACUCCUUUAAAUUGAAAAUUAGAGUGAAUUGACCUCUUUUGAAGUUUAAAAGUGAGAUUAUUAUCUAGGACAUCUCAUAGGCUUUUUAUUAUAUUUUAAUUUUAAAGCGAGUUAUGUGUGUUUUAAGACGUGCAAGCAAUUUACAAUUUUAAAAUACUCAUAACUUGCUUUAAAAUUAAAAUAUAAUAAAAAGCCUAUGAGAUGCCCUAGAUAAUAAUCUCACUUUUAAAUUUCAAAAGAGGUCAAUUCAUUCUAAUUUUCAAGCUGAAGGAGCUAAACGUGAUCUUCUGAGAGUACUAUUUGCCAUGUUACGCAUUUGUAAGACGGAGACAACAUAUGCGGGUACGACGUCCUCUUAAGUAUAAAUAACCAAAUAAUUUAUAUUAUGAGCAUUGUAUCCAAAAAGCCUUAAAUAUUUUUUUAUUUAAGA